UCAGGUGGUUGUUUAAUGGUUUAUGUGGUUCCAGGUGAGAUGGGCUGUCUGGGAGGGAAGACGGAGGAAGAACGACUGGAUGAAAAAGCGAAGAGAGAAGCGAACAAGAAGAUUGAGAGACAGCUGCAGAAAGAAAGACAGGCUUAUAAAGCUACACACAGACUGUUACUGCUGGGUGCAGGAGAAUCAGGUAAAAGCACCAUAGUGAAGCAGAUGAGGAUUCUUCAUGUGGACGGCUUCAACGCUGAAGAGAAGCAGCAGAAGAUUCAGGACAUCAGGAAAAACGUGAAGGACGCCAUCGUGACCAUCGUGUCAGCUAUGAGUAUCUUGACUCCACCCAUUCCUAUUGGUAACCCUGGCAACCAGUUCAGAGUCGACUACAUCAAGAGCAUUGCACCACUGUCUGACUUUGAAUACACUGAGGAGUUCUUUGAGCAUGCUCAGAAGCUGUGGGAAGACGACGGCGUGAAGGCGUGUUUCGAACGCUCCAAUGAAUAUCAGCUGAUCGACUGUGCUCAGUACUUCCUGGACAGGUUGGACUCAGUUAGGAGGACGGAUUACACACCUAAUGACCAGGAUUUGUUGCGUUGCAGAGUUUUGACUUCAGGGAUUUUUGAAACCAGGUUCCAAGUGGACAAGGUCAACUUCCAUAUGUUUGAUGUAGGAGGACAGAGGGACGAGCGCAGGAAGUGGAUCCAGUGCUUCAAUGAUGUGACGGCCAUCAUCUUCGUUGCAGCCAGCAGCAGCUACAACAUGGUGAUCAGAGAGGACAACUCCACCAACCGGCUUCGAGAGUCCCUAGAUCUCUUCAGAUCCAUCUGGACCAACAGGUUUCUGAAGACCAUCUCAGUGAUCUUGUUCCUAAACAAACAGGAUGUGCUGGCUGACAAGAUUCUGGCUGGAAAAUCUAAACUGGAGGAUUAUUUCCCAGAAUACAAUAACUACCAGGUCCCUGUUGAUGCUGUUCCAGAUGCUGAUGAAGACCCCAGAGUGACCCGAGCCAAGUUCUUCAUCAGGGACGAGUUUCUGAGGAUCAGCACGGCGAGCGGUGAUGGGAAACAUUACUGUUAUCCUCACUUCACCUGCGCCAUUGACACUGAGAACAUUCGCCGUGUCUUCAACGACUGCCGUGACAUCAUCCAGCGCAUGCACCUGCGGCAGUACGAGCUGCUCUGAUUGGCUGCUGAGAGCUCACCUGGCCCCGCUUCUGCUCAUGGACAGAGAAAUGCAGCUAAUCCAGAGGCUAAUCUGAUAUCUAAUCAAUGCUGAUAGCCGAUCAAUACUAAUAGAUCUGAUAUAUUUAUACCUUAUAUGAUCCAUUUUAUCACAGACUUGUAUCACACAGCUGUUAUCAGUUCAAAUGGGGUGUUAUUGAUUAAUUAUCAGGACAGAUUCGAAGUAUCUGUGCCUUUCUUUUGUUUCUAUACCUCUGCCUGACGCAGGGGAUUGUGGGUAGUGUAUUUCUGAUGUUGUUGCACUCUGGCUGUCAUAUGAGAGGGGACAGUAUAGAAAACUAGUUUAGACUUGUAGAAAACCUUAAAGAUGGAAUCUAAAUAUAUUUUUUCAUGAUUCUGAACUUAGAGUAUAUUAUUAUGAUCUUCUCCCUGAUUGGCUGUUUGAGACUAUGAUGUGAUUUUACAUCUCUGUAUUUAUACCUGGAAGAUCGGGUUCAAAAGAACUGUAGAUUUAUCUCUUUAGAGUUAGCAGCUAGAUUUUCAAAACAAGAUUUUUAACUUUCCUUCAACAUGAAAGUGAACAUAUUUUCCUUGUUGUUAAAAUGUGACAUUAAAGAGUUUUUAUGUCAAAGUUCUGAUUUACUGUUUUUCAGGUGAACAUGUUACAACCGAAUGUCAUACAUGUUGUAAAAACAGUCUUACACAUGUUGUAACAACAGACUCACACAUGUUGUAAUAACAGUCUCACACAUGUUGUAAUAACAGUCUCACACAUGUUGUAACAACAGACUCACACAUGUUGUAAUAACAGUCUCACACAUGUUGUAACAACAGACUCACACAUGUUUUAAUAACAGUCUCACACAUGUUGUAACAACAGACUCACACAUG